AAGGCUCAUUUGAAAACAGAAAAUAUUUACAGUUAACUCACUCAAUCUACUAAUACUUUUAACCAAAUUUCAUCUCAAUUCUAGUUAACAAUAAAAUGGUAAAACUUUUGAUUAUCGUUUCUCUUAUUUUCACCCUCUCGGUGGCUCUUACUUCAGCUGAAGAUGGGCCUGAUACUGCUCCAAUCCCGUUCCUCCUUUGGGCUGCCUCUGAUCCUGCCGAAGAAAAUGAAGUAGAAAAAAUUAAUUUGAAGAAAUUUUUCAAGUUUACUGAAGAUCAUCGAGCGGAAAUCAACAAAUUCUACGAAAAUAAUGACGCUGUUGGUGUUACACUUGAUGGUCGGUAAUGCAGAGGCAUCAGGAACCACUGGAGUUAUUUGGCCUGUGGCUUUAGCAAAGAUCGCUUUAAAGAAACAAAUUGGGUUGACUGAGAAUAAGGAACAUGGUGUUCCCUCGCUGGUUGCAUGGGCCAUGAGGAAAACUGGACCAGGAACAUCGUAUUCAUCAGUUAAUCGAGCCGAUUUAGUCACCUUUAUCCUCGAACAUAAGUCCAAGAUCAUUGAAUAUUUGAACAAUGGAGAUGUUGAAGGUUUGAUCAAUUACAUGGUUUCAACUUCAACUGAAUCAGGAACCAAAGACGUCGAUUGGAAACAAGUUAUCAAUUAUCUUAAGGACGAGAGACAAUUGUACCAAUACCCAUGUGGCUUCUUGAACCUUCAACUUUGUGACAGAAUUCCAAAAUGAAAUCGGUUGAUUACACCAAAUAUCGAUUCUCUCAAGAAUUGAAGUAGAAAAUUCAAUAAAUAUUUAAUUUCUAUUCAAA